AUGACGAGGUACACCAUAGAUGUAGACGUGCACCCGGACGCCGCAAGCGUGGCCGUGAAGCAUGCCCUCCAGCUUCCCCGGUUUCUGCAUCACUAUCCAAUAUCGUCACAUACACAGGCCGCCUACCGCCACGCGGUCGAUUUCGUGCUGGCGUUCCACCGUUCACCACAGGAACAGCAACAGCGAUCCCCUUUGCCUGUAGUCCUGGAUUCUGGCUGUGGCACUGGGCGUUCUAGCGUCUUGCUCGCCAGAUCUUAUCCUCACCUUCCCGUGAUAGGAAUCGACCGGUCUGCAGUCCGGCUUUCCAAAGGAGGAGGAGAUGCGGGAAAGCGGGUUGAGGAGCACAUGCAUCAACACAACAGCUCUACAAGACAAGCAGGCGCGGAGCAGGGCAGAAACGACCGCGUUGACGCACGAAGAGCUCACGGUAGCUCAGGCGAGAAGAACCGCCCCCCUUUGCAGAAGAAAGGCAACCGUGACAAUCGACUUAGGGAGCCUCUUCCGGAAAACCUUCUACUGCUGCGCGCGGACCUUGUGGACCUGUGGAUACUGGCAUCGAGGGAAAACGCUUGGGAAAUCAAAGAACACUACAUCCUUUACCCCAAUCCGUACCCGAAGCGCUCCCAGCUACGAUCACGGUGGCACGGUCACUCUGUUUUCCCGGUCCUACUCAGCCUUGGUGGGGUGAUAACGCUACGCUCCAACUGGAGGACGUAUCUGGACGAGGUCUGCCAGGCAGUGCUGGCCAUCAAUGGUGCAGCGCAGACGACGGAGGGCGAGGGAGACUCGGCUGCCGAUGAAGGCGGGCUUGGGGAUCUGGAGUCAAAGAGGACGAGCAGCGGGGGCAAAGACGGUGCCGGAGAAGUAUCUGGGACGGAUGCAGCUGUCGCAUCAGCAGCCGUGUCCACGAAGCUAUCGGCGACCGAAAGCGACGACAGCGCAGAAACAACCGGUGGGGACGUGAGUUUUGGCAUCGGUCGAGCUUUGAUUGGCGAUGAAAGUAGAGCCGAAGUUCCGGCUACCGUCGCUGCCGCAGCCGUCUCUUACGCGGCUAGCGCAAGGGCGGGCCCCUUGACCUUUGUUCCAGCAGUGCCUGCUGCAACAAACUUCGAGGCAAAGUAUGUUGCAGUCGGUGAGACGGUGUACGAGCUUCGGCUAGAGCCGAAACUAUCGUAGGGACUCCAGGUUGGCAACUUCAGUUGCUCCAUCGUUUGGCAGCAAUGCGAUGUAUUACUGGGGAGGGGAAUGUCGAAUAUAUCACGGUACCUACGGUUUGUUUUAGCAGGUACCCUCACACUGAUGCUUGUUUCCGUAGAAUUGAGAUGCUGAUGGAGACGUGCAGCUGGGGUGAUGCGCGUCAAGGGUCGAUGGCAGUGUAUACUAAGAUGUACCUGGGUUACACUUGUCCAGUUAGCUGAGUCUGAGACACUUCAAUGAUCUUUUCCUUGUCGAACGAUGUUCAGAGCUUCAUUUUGAUUCGCGGCACAUCUUUGCACCUUCUCUUGGAGCUAUGCGGCCUCCGGACAAAGACUUACUUGGCAGCAUGCCCUUGUUUCCGUCACAAAAGGUUCCUUCUUGCCUUCUCUUGCGUCAAGGGAGGUCAGCGUGCAUGUCGUGGGUGGCCUCCCAUGAACGUUUCGCCAGAUUCGUGCGAUGCCUAUGCGAUUCAAAAGGACAAGGUUGGGUGAGAUGCAAUACACACGUGCGUCCAGGCGAUUUGUGGUUUAUUGGGUUGCUCUACCAUCGCAGAUGCUGCCUUUCGCAAAGAGUGCUCUGCGCGUGUGUGACGUGUUUCGUCUCACGUCAAGGCACCCCGUCAAGGCCAGAGCGAGACCUCACUCCCUAGAUCGAUAUUCCAGUUUUGCUACUGUGAUGUCGUUGUCAAUUGAUAGCUGCGGAAUGGUUGUGGUAGAAAGGGUAUGGAGCAAAAGCCAGUUUGCACUGAUCAUCCUUUUCCGCGCGAGAGUGACAACAAGUCUAGUACAACAGGUUUUUCUUCGGGCAAUAAACAUAGUCAGGCCGAGUCUUGAGCACCGUUCUUUUCGAUGAUUUAUUUUCUCUCUC